AUGCGGCCUUUUGCCUGCGUUAUACACACUAACCAGCAGAGGGCGUCCGUAGAUUUUGAGCUCCAGCUGCCUCUCGUCGACAGCUGUUUCAUGGGAACCCAGGAGGGAGAGAGAGAUUGGGUAGAUGUGGCAAAUGAUCUACUCGGCAAGUGUCCCAUAAAGCUGAGGCUGAGGAAACUGACGGACUGUGAUGCAAAUGUCUUCAUUGCUCUGUAUGAAAACAUCUUGGGGGAGAAAGUUCCAGAUUACAUUGCAGCGCCAUGCAGUCAAGAGGAUAAUGUCCAUAACGUUCAGUCUGUGAUUGAUUCACUUUCCCUGGAUUACCUCCAGAUCAGUCUCUCACACAUCACAGGAGAAAAUGUUGUCGGAGGCGACAAAGAGUCUAUCAAGAACCUUCUGGAAAUCUUCGAUGGCCUCCUGGAAUAUCUCAAGGAGGAGAUAAGCGAGGAGUCACAGAACGGUGAAGAAGUGAAUGACAGUGUGAGUGAAGAUGUGCCGGAUGAAACCAAGGAGCCCACAAGCUGCAAUGCCACACAGCAGGAGACUAAACUGGAUGGAGGAUCUUUGUCUUCCAGUGGAGAGUCCGCUGUCCAUUCCAGUAAAGAUUCCCUCCAUACCUGGAAUGCUGAGGAGAUGGGAUCAACUAGUGAGCUCAUUGGGCUGGGAGUCUCAGCACGCACAUUCAUAGCCAAACUAGAAGUCCCUCCCCAAACCUCAGACGCAGUCACCACCUCUGGUCCUCUGGACGUCCAGGACGCUCCACCGACUGAACCGCUGUCCUCAGCCAUCGCUCUGCAGCCUCCCGCUCAGAGCAACACCCCCCGCGAACCCGACACAGACCCACACUCGCCCAGCAAAUCGCCAACAGCUGCUGGCCUCAGCCAAGGGCAGGCAGAGGAGGGAGCCGCUCCUGUCACUACAGAGACCUCUGAUCCGCCAGCUGAGACAGUUGUUGCCAACGGACUACAGUCUCCUCCUCCCCAGCCUCCAUGUGCGAGGGAAAAGUCUUUGUCCAGUCAGCAAAGAGCCGGGACAGAAGUAGAGGGGGAGACACUUGAGCCGACCAAUGGGGAACCCAGGAGGGUUUUGUUCCGCACCAAGCCAGAUGUGCUCUUCCUCACCCUGCAGGAUGGGAGGACAGUCACAACCCCUUCUCCGCCAGACACCGAGGAGGAAGAGCAAGAUGAAGAGUAUCUAGGUUAUACACUAAAACAACUGGAGAGCAGGAUAGAUCACAGAGUUGGGACAGGCCUCAGGGAGGAGCCUCUGUCGUAUCGCAGACAGAGGAACAAGCAAGCAGAAGAGGAGCUGCAUCACUUAUCUGAAAACCUUUCCCAUCGACUUGAGGAACUCGAUCAGAUGCUCAAACGAGUUCUGGGGGAAAGCGGAGAGUCCAGUGAAGUCAGAGACGAGGACAAGCAGUCCCACCACAGUGACAGCAUCAUGGAGUGUGGCAGGACUCCCAGACAACACACAGGAAACCCUGACGGCGAAUCCACCCACCGGACACGCUCCUUAUCCCCCUCCCCUCCACGGGUCCGUCGCUCCCUGCACGGACAGUUAGAAGAUGCCAUGGCAGAGGCCUUGAGUCUGGAUGAUGGGAGACAAACCAACCUUGCAGCUUCUGAUCAUUCAAAGCGAGGAGAGCUACUCCACAGACUGUCUCACAGAAAACAUAGCAAGUAUCUGGAGAAUGAGGCCUAUGAGGAGGAGUUGAAAAGAUAUGAAGACAACGAACGGGCAGAUCUAGAGAAGGCACGCCUCAAGGCUCAACAAGCCGAGCGCCAGUACAGAGAGGCCAUACUAAGGGAUGUUUCCGAAGCCCCCAGACUGUCCCCAGCGAGAACAAAGGCCCAGCGUAGUUCACAACGUAACGUACAAACAGCAGGACGGAGACGGCGGGAGGCCCCCAGGAAAGCUCCUUCAAUGAAGGUGAAGGAGAAUGAACUCCUUCCUGUGCUCCUUGAGGAGUUGCCCCACCUUCACAUCUCCCCCCACGCCCUGGGUCGGAUGUGGGAGCAGCAGAUGCAGCAGGUGGACAGACUCCAUGCCCUGUCAUCCCCUCACAGCCAGCGUCGCAGCAAACUCUCAAGCCAGGUGGAAGAAGCCCAAAAGAAACAUGACCUGCUGGUGGAGAUCAUCCGUAAAGACAAGGACCACAACAGGCGUCUGAGGGAUUUCAAAGAGCGUAUCCAACAGCAGAAGUCGACCCAGAACAGACAGAGGGAACAGAGGCAGCAGGUAGCACGUGCCAAGAAGUACCACAGCGACUACCAUGUCCAGCACCGCGCCCGCCUGAUGAGGGCUCGCACCAAGGAGGAGAGGAUGUUUCAGCAGUUGUUUGAGGAGGGUUUGGAGCUACAGAAAGUCCGGUUGAGACAGCAGAAAGCCUACGCUAAGGAGCAGCGGCUGGAACAUCAGAGACGACACCAGGACCAGAUCAAGUCCAUGGAGAACUACUACAAAGACCAGUUUUCACUACUUGCUGAAAAACUUUCCCAAGAGCGGCAGGAUAUCCAGGUCCGGAAAAAAUCUCAAGAAAAGGCUCUGCUGAAGAUGAAGCGAGAGCUGCGUUCCAGGAUGGAGCGUGAAAUCGGUGAAUUGCAGAAGAUCAUCAUCCAGAACGACGAGGACGACCAUUUCCAGGACCUGGAGGUCCAGGCGCUGCGCAGUCGGGUCCAGAUGGCGUCCUUCCAGUACAACACUAGCUAUCUGCACUGACGCGGGGCUGUUUUAAGCUCCGCUCAAUCCAGGCUGGAUUAACAUCAUAGGAACAUGCUGCAAAAUACUUUGUUUCUGCUUUUCACAACUAAGGGUACGACAUUCUGGCUGAACAAUACUGUCUCCUCGAGAUCUUCCCUCAGAGAUUUGCACAAAAUAGGAAUUUAAGAUACAAGUCCUGAUGGUUAUUAAUGAACUGAACACACUCCACAACAUGUAGCUAUUGGCUAAUUUAGCUAACUUCCUCUCACCUCAGCUGCUCUACGUGACCUUAACGACAUCUUGGACCAAGUAUCCUCCUUCCACGGGUUUUUAGUACUUGAUAACAAAGAAUGUUUUGAAAUGGCUCCCUCACUGUGCCGUUUUUGAGUGCUGAUAUUGUAGCAAACAACUAGUCAACAUGUUCUUCCUCUUGCCAAACAAGGAUCCCCGAUGCAAAGUUAACGAGCAUGAAUGUCCCACACUGACAUUUUUAACUUCCAUUUUUCCCCCUUAUUCGUGUGAUGUCUUGCUUUUGUGAUUUAACCCUUCCAGUGGAUUAUUUAUUUUUAAGCUUUAAUGUUUGAUUUUUAAUGAACCUGGUGUUGUGCUGUCCGAUCACCAGUGGCGAUGAUAAUCUAGUCUUUCAUGACUCCUCCUGGUCUUCAGAUACACUGUUUUCACUCUGGCAGAACUAAACAUGUUGUAGUUUUUAACCAACACAAAGGGUAGCACUGUCCUAAUGUAUCUAAUGAGCACACAAAUGCCCCUUUAUCGUCAUCCAUUAAAUGUGUGGGAUCCUGAACUCUACUAGCUGGACUGGCUCACAGUUGCAGGUUAAGUGAUUUGCAUUCGGUACAGGUUACUGUUUUUGUAUUUUACUGAGGUUAAGGCUGAUCCAAUACAAAAGUAUCAAACAUAUAAAGUUACGGAACAAAUCCUGUAAUGAGGCAUUUCCAUCUGUAGCACGACAAAAUAACAUGAAGUCUGACAUUUCAAAUUCCAAAGCUGAAGAUCAAAUGUAAAAAUGAUAAUGAAUUUAUAAAAUGUAUAAUCUGUAGUAAUACCUGUACUUAUUGAAUGCUAAUGACAGAUUUACUAUAACUGGGCCUUAAAUGAUGCAAAAAAGGUGUUUCGAUUCGAUUGUGGACAGGAAUCCAAAAUGAUUUAUUAAUCGUGGCUCACAUGUUUAUUUAAGGUUACACCUGGGAUCAACAUGUUAUCUGUUCACUUUCUGCAAGGGAAGUCUUACUAGCUACUAUAUGUAGUUGUUUUUUUUGCAGGGAGAGUGUCCAUCUUAAUAGGCAGUAUUUUUUUAAAGAAUAUGAUCUACCUGCACAGAUGGCAUUUACGCCGGGCAAAGAUCCGAUCCUGAUCACCACAAGAUGUGAUGGCAUACGAUCAUAAUGCAGCCUGCAUGCAUUUUACGUUGGGCGUGAACAUGCAUUACCCAGACAGAAUAUCCUGCUACAGAUUACAUGUGGGGUCUUGAGUUUAACAACUCGCAAUGAAUAGGAUGAGGCAUUAAAACAAUGUUCAAUAUUGCUUGAAAAUUUGACAAUUGUUUGAGCAGCUGCUUGUUUUCUGAAAAUGCAUAUUGGCACAAAGGAUGGAAGCUAAUCAAAAGAUGAAUGACCUCUUGAAGUAAGAAUAAAUUUGAAAAGUCCAUCUUCCCUCAGGGACGCAUCUCUACCUCGGCUCACUCGAACUCUCUUACCUGCCAAUUCAAAUCAAGUUGUCUCACUUGGCUGUGGUGUGCAGGUUAACAGACCUCUCACUUGAAUCCGAUGGUUCUCUGAUGUGGAAAUAAAAAUGGUAAAAGCAUACACGGAAGUUGAGGACCGCUUCACGACAGUCCAAAGAAUAACAGCCAAACUCCACCGACGUGUGACAAUAACCAGAAUUCGAGCCGCUUAGUCCACUGUAACAACAUAUUGCUGCUUCAACAUGAUCUCAGUACACAGCCACUGUCCCACAACGCUCUACGAGGAUUACUGCUUAGCUGAGUUGGUCUGUUCAUGUGCUGUAUCUUUUCCGUUUAUCUGCAAAUCGCCAUCGUCAUUAUCAUCGUCCGGCAGGUUAGUCCAUUUAGAGCGGCUUUCGCAGAAGCAGCAUGCCUGGUUCACCACAAGCUUCAGCCCUUUGACAUGUUUCCUAACUGUACAUUGUCUGCUGCAUUCCCGGCAUGACUUGAACAGCUGAAGGAUGCACUCUUCAUCAACGAUGAACUCUGACGAGCUGAGGGAGUCAGAAAAGAUGCGUAGGAGCAAGCUUAUUUUCAACGGGUUCUGUUAAGAGUAUCAACUCAGGAAAUCUUCAUGAGUAAGUAGGUGACAUGUCAAUUUUUAACAAAUAACUCAAUUUGAAUCGUUAUUGGCAUUAAUAAC